UGUUAGUUGCUUGUUGGUUGAAAGUCUGAAAAUGUUGGUGAUUCACUUUAUUUAUAUGAAAUUAUUAUUUAAUUAAUUGUGGACAUUUUUCUUUGCUUUUUAGUUGAUUUAAUAUUUAUUAUUUGGUCAUUGUUUUUAUAUCCUCUUGAUCCUUCUCUAUCUCUGUGUUUUGGUAAAUUGUUUCUUUCCACAAUUGGUAUCAUUGGAUUUCCCACCAGUUAAUUAAUUGAUUUAUACUUUUUGGUGUUACGUUUUUCUUUUUUGUUUCUUCUCUUUGCUGUUGGUCAAAUUGAACAGUGUUUUCUAUUGAUUCUCUCUGUUUAUUAUUUUUUCUUUGGUUGUUCGAUUUUCCAAAUUCUGAUUGAUGUGAUCUCUUUCAACGUUUUGUGUUGGUAUUUUUAUUUUAUUUGGUUCCCUUUGGAACGUAUCUUUCAGUAUGAGGCCAAUGUUUACUCAAUGUGUUUCAAGUGGUAUGUGUCCUCCUCAAUGUCCACCUUCAGUUAUGCCACCGGGGCCAAAUCAAGGGCCUCCUCCAGGUCCAGGACCUGGACCUGGACCUGGAUCUGGACCAGGACCGGGACCGGGACCUGGUUCUGAUCCAUUUUAUCCACCACCGUUUUCUCCUUACGCUAGACGAGUCAAUCCGUACAAUACUACUGAUUUUAGAAUUUAUGAAUUAAAUAAAAGAUUACAACAUAAGCCAGAGGAAUGUGACAAUGUUUUUUGGGAUAACCUGGUUAGCGACUUUUUUGAAGACGAUGCCACUCUCACUCUAGUGCUGUGUCUCGAAAAAGGACCGCAACGCUUCACUAUUGGAAGAGCAUUAAUACCGCGAUAUUUUCGUAGUUUACAUGACGGAGAUGUUACUGAUGUUUCAUUUAAUCUGAAAAAUCCCAAAGAAUCAUACUCACAUAAUUUAAUCGUUAUGGAUUGUGACCAAUGUUCAAUGAUAACUUUCCAUGGUAAAUUUAAUGUUAACAAGAGUAUGAAUAACUUUCCACCUGGAACUGAUCCUCAACAGGUUAAAGAACAAAUGCAAUUAUCUAACGAUACAUCAACUAUUGUGACAACGGAAGGUCGUCUAACACUCGAUUUCACCUAUGAUGAUCUCAUGCGUAUUAAAUCAUGGACUUUUACUACUCGUAGUUAUCAAGAACUCGUCCCAAGAAAUACAAUCACUAUGUUAGCCCAACAAGAUCAAUCCACGUUAGAACGAUUUAGUAAAGACAUCUCUAGACAAGGUUUCACGAACCAAACAAUAAACUUUCUUAGCCUAUGCUUAAUUUUAGAACCAAUGCAAGAGCUUAUGACCCGUCAGAAAUCAUGCAAUAUGGAUCCUAGGGAUUGUAUGAAGCAAACUUUGUAUCAAAAAUGGCAAAAGUUCAUUGGUCCUCCAGAUAAUCAAAGGACCACAAGUAAAAGAAGAAGAAGAAAAACUUCUGCCUCGAAUACGACGAAUGGUGGCGGUACAACCGGAAAGAAGAACAAAAACACAUCAAUUUCUCCAGGACCACAAAGCUUUUCAUUAGCUUCUCAGGAUGUUAUGGUCGUAGGAGAACCUUCCAUGAUGGGCGGGGAAUUUGGAGACGAAGACGAACGCCUGAUUACCAGACUGGAGAAUGCCCAAUAUGAUCCAACAGCAUCGGGAGUCUCAAAUGGUCUCGAGGAUGGGGACGAUUACAAUUCUCUUGGUCGACCACCAGGACCAGGACAAGGACCCGUCUCGGUACCAGGGCCCGGACCUGGACCACAAGGAAACCAAGGACAACCUCAUGGUGGACCUCAAUCAGGCUGGCCUGGUCCAAGUGGACCUGGUUCAAAUCCAGGAUCUGUUUCAUCCAAUCCUGACAGUAGAGGAAAUAAUCAAGGAGGUGGUGGACCUCAGGGGUCACAAGUCGAUAAAAAACCAUCUCCUUUGAAUCAAUAAAUUAAAUACAUAGAAGAUGAGCGAAAACCUUUAAUCAUCAUCAUAUUGUUUAUACUAUUGAGAUCAACAAUCCUGUGAGACGAAAAUUUCCAAUUGAUUGACAACACUUUCAUUCCCCCUACCCCCACCAUCAAUUUCAUUGUUUGAUAUAAUAUAAAUAUAUACAUAUUAUACAUAUUAUAUAUAAAUUAUAGUACAACAGAAAACGAAAAACAAAAAAAAAAUUCAACAUCUCGACAACAUAAAACAAAAAUGAUCCAUUGAGAGCUUAGAUAUUACUCUAAGAAUUGUAAAUAGAGAAUCUCUGAUAAAAAAAGAAAAAGAAACUCGAAAUAAUUUAAAUUAAGUUUAAAUUUAUUUAUUAAUUAAA